ACGUCACAGGGCUUGGCGUUUCAUCCAGUCGCCAUUUUGUAUCGGCAGUCCCUCGAGUUGUUUGGCGUCGACGGAAGAAGCAACCUGUUUUGAUUCGGUGUAUUUACAUUUUUGAUGUACUUGUUCUGAUCGGAACUGUAAUCGUUUCAUUGACGGGUUGUGUUACCAUUCAACGUGCCACAGUUUAAACAUUUACGGCCUUCUCUCCAACACACAGCUAACGGUGUUAGCCCAGCUCCUUGCUAGCCAGCGAGCUAGCUAAAAGCCGUCCUAGCAUUACGCUAGGUUUUAGGGAAGAGGCGAAAUGGCGGCCAACACGGCACAAGCAACCCCGACAAAUAACUGGUCUUAUGGUAGUACUGCAGAGAGCCAUGUCCAUGAAAACCCGGAAUGGGAGAAAGCAAGGCAAGCACUUGCUUCCAUCAGCAAGAGUCAGGCCAAGAAUACACAAGCCAGCCGGGCAGCAGAGUUUCAGGCAGGAGUGACUGACGUUGCCAUUCAACAGCAGCAAUAUUAUCAAUGGUAUCAGCAAAACCAACCUCAGUAUCCAGGAUACACAUACCCUUAUAACUACUACUACCCCAUGGGGCCUUAUGGCGUUUCAUAUCCACCAAAUCAGUAUCCCGCACCCCCGGGGACUUAUCCAACAACGCCUGCUUCAAAUGGACAGCCUCCUCCAGUGCCUGGAAUGGAAGACCAGACCCCCAGCUACACCUCUCAGCCACAGCCCCCCGCCACUCCCCAGCCACCCCAAAGCCCAACCACCUCAGAAAAUCCCACUGCUGCCCCACCGCCCCCACCUCCACCCAAUUCCCAGUACCCCCCUCCUCCACCACACAGUGCUUACAAUCCUAGCAAUUCCCUACCGUAUCCAUCCGGGGACUCCAUCCAAGUUUACAACUCUUGCCCACCGGGAAGGACUAACUAUGGGACAGGGUUUCAGGCUCAGAACAGCUAUCAGCCUCCACAGAGUCCAUCCCAACAGCAAGCAGGGCAGUAUGGAGCAAGCAUUGGCCGAGGUGAGCCUAAUAAACCCAAAAACCCAGGACAGCAACUCUGGCAUCGCAUGAAACAGUCACCUGGCACUGCUCCUUUGAAGUUCAAUAUUCCCAAGAGGCCUUACCAGGUUUCUAGCCAGGCCUUUCCAGCGAGCGAGCCGCCUUCUGGACUCAAUCAAGCACCAUCUUCUCCUGUGACUGCCAGUGCUGCACCUCAGACACGACCCCAGGAUUGGCCCCCAGCCAUGAAGGAGUAUGUGCAGCGCUGCUUCACAGCCUGUGAGACGGAGGAAGACAAAGAUCGUACUGAGAAGGUUUUGAAGGAAGUUCUGCAGGACCGCCUUAAGGAUGGCUCAGCUUACACCAUUGACUGGGACUGCGAGCCAUUGCCAGAUUUGAAGGGUAAGCAGUCUCGCUGGGUAGCAGUCCCUAGAGGUGCAGACAGCUCAGCUAGUCGAGGUGCAAGUAUAGCUGCUGCGUCGCGAGGCAGAGGCGCUGGUCACAGAUUGGGACAUUACAGGAAUAUCUUUUCACAACGAAGUCCGUCUUCCAGUUCAUCACACUCCUCUUCUCGAUCACCUUCCCCUAACCAUGGCAGAAUCCGCGACCGGAGCAACCAAAGGCACCGGCGCAGCGAUUCUGGCUCACAUUCAGACAGCAGCCUUCCCAGUGACCUGCGACCUCAGCUGUCAAGACGAAACCAGAAAGGUGGUCGUGGGCGUGGCAGCGACAGGGAUCGAGGACAUGGUGGUGGAGAGAGGGGACGCGGAAGAGGAAAAGCCAACAGGGGCCGGAGAAACACAGACGACCCUGGUGCAGCUGGCGGUAAGAAGAGGAAAGGUGGUAACGCUGGUCUUGACUUCCAUGACCCGGACAGGGAAGCCAAAAAGCUGAGUAGAGCAGCGAGAUUCCAGAAACAGCUUCGCUCGGAACCCCUGGUGCUGUCUAUAAAUUCUCUUGACCUACCCGAUGGGACACAGGAGGGCCUCAGCUGGGAGGACUGUCCCAUUGUCGGAACAUGCCAGGACAUCACCAAGCGUUACCUGAGGCUCACCUGUGCCCCCGACCCCUCCACUGUUCGCCCCAUUCAUGUGUUAAGAAAAUCUUUACAGGCUGUGAAAGCUGACUGGAAAACUAAUCAGGACUAUACUUAUGCUUGUGAACAGAUGAAGUCCAUACGACAGGACCUCACAGUCCAGGGAGUUCGCACUGACUUCACUGUGGAAGUGUACGAGUGUCAUGCACGCAUUGCCCUGGAAAAGGGCGACCACGAAGAAUUCAACCAGUGCCAGACCCAACUGAAGGCCCUCUACAAGGACAACCCUUCAGAGAACAUAGGAGAGUUUACAGCAUAUCGCUUGUUGUACUACAUCUUCACUAAAAACUCUGGAGAUCUCAUCACUGAGCUGGUAUACUUGACGCCAGCGCUGAAAGCGGACGAGUGUGUUGCUCACGCUCUCGCGCUCCGUGCCGCCUGGGCUUUAGGGAAUUAUUGUCGUUUCUUCAAGUUGUAUCAGGAGGCACCGCGCAUGGCUUCAUACCUCAUUGACAAGUUUGUUGAGAGGGAGCGAAAGAUAGCACUUCGGGCAAUGGUCAAAACGUUUAGGCCCGACUUGCUGGUGCAGUAUGUGCAGUCCACUCUGGGCUUCUCUUCUUUAGACUCCUGUAUGGAGUUUCUUACUGGGCUAGGUGUUACAUUCACCCCGUCGGACCCCCUAAAGAUAGACUGCAAAAACAGCGCAGUCACUUUGGCUGCCUCCUGAGAGUGUGGGUGUAGCACAUUAGAUAAAGGGUGGACACUUACGGGGCCAGCACACAUCCCCAAUAUUGACCAGUGCAUUGCACUUUUGACCACACAACCAGUUCAGAGAGGCAGACACCUAUAGAACAUGACCUGAUGAGACAAAAGCACAGACUCCACCAGUUCUAUAGUUACAUAUAGACACAAAGUUUGCCCAUACUGUAGUUCAUCCUAUUAAGCAAGCUCAUCUCGCCACAGUAAUGAUGCCAGAAACAUCACUUUAGCUGCUCCCCAGCUGCUCCCAUUCACGCCACACUGAGACCACAGAGUCAUACAGCCACACGACAGGGGGCGCUUGCAUCACGCGUCCUGUUCCAUUAGCACUGUCGGAUAUCAACGCUAACAGUGUUCUGUUAUUUUUUCUUCCUUCCUCAAGUCAACAGCUCCAAGACCUGACAGCAGCCGUUCAAGUCACGCGUCCUCGCAACCUUCAGUUUGAAGACAAAAGAGACUGUGAAAAACACUGAAGAUCCUCGCAGGUUGACAAGAAGAAGUGGUUUGUAUGUCACGCCUAACUGCUUGCGCCUCGGUUCCUGAAGGUGUCUACCGGCCACAAUCACGAGAGUGGACGUUUUGGACUAGACUUUGUAGUCCAGUCUCUCUCACUGCUGAAUCAUCAGCGUCUGGAAGAUGAGAUCCUCAACCAUGAAAAUGAGCACCAUCGCUGAAGAAUACAAGUUUUGUCAAGCUCAGGUUUAAGUUUGUACACAAGGAGCUGUUUGUCAACCUCGGUGGAAGAUAUCACCGCAGCACCUGUGGUCGUCAUCCUCCCACGUCUCCCAUCAGUGUCGAUGACAUCACUUCAAAGCCGCUCAGAUAAUAACCGAGCUUCUCCCAGAAGAGACGAUCACGUCCGGUUUGUAUGCAGCUUGUCUGGCUGUGGAGUCUGCAAGGCUGGUAAGGCAAGGACUCUGGAAAGAGCUGGAUGACCACAAAACAUGACGCCUCUGGUAGAUCCCCUCUCAAGGUCGGACAGCAAUGUUUGAGCCUUUCAUUUAUUGCAGGAAAAAAAACAACUUUGAAUAGCUGUAAUGUUAAAGGUGAUCAACUGGAUAUGGGAAAAUGAAUGAAGUAUAAUUAGUCCAAAUAGCGGGAAAGAUUGACAUGAGCUGCUGUUUUAAAGUAUUUGUAUGGAUACAGUGGAUGGUGUGUAAUGGUCACUUAGCACAAACUCUUCUUCCCCCCCCCCCCCCCCCCCCCCCCCCAAUCACUACCGAAUCACAACAAAAUCUACUUUGGUCCUGAUGGCGUUCUGGUCCGUUUAUUUUCAGGCUUUUUAUAGAAAGCAACAAGCCUGCCAACAGUACCCAAAUAAGCUGAAAGGAUGGGUAGUUGUUUUUUUUUUGUUGUUUUGUUUUGUUUUUUUAACAGUGUUAAUACUUGCAGAAUAUUGAGUGAAAGGCGCUUUUAAGAAAGCGUCUUUGUACAAUUUUUCAACUUUUUUUCUGUCCGAUGAGUUAUAUACUUGUAAAUAUUGUAAGAUCAUUGCUCUCAUUUUGAUUCCUCUGCGCGUGUGUAUGCGUAGGUAUUAUUUUUCCACACAUGGGUAAGUGUUUACUUUUUUGCCGAGUUGGCAUCUCGGUGCAUUUGUUGGCACCUGAGCAACUCCCAAAGAGCUAAAGCACCCUGGUCAGAUUGACCUUUUGUUAUUUACUAUCAGCGUUGUUGUAUUUUUUUUAUGACUAUUGAUCUCAACAUGUUUUUUUUUUCCUUCCCCCUUGUUUGACCUCGUCCCCUGUCCUCCUGUCUCUUUCCCGUCCUGCACGCUGUGGGGCAGUGUCCCACUCUUCAGCUGCAUUGGUGGAGCACACGAGGGAUCUGUGAGGAAGGAGCAUGCUGCUGCAUCUGUGAGCCUCCAGACAGCAAGCGGAAAGUGUCACUUAUGAGCCUGCAAGCCAUGAGUAGAUGAAUGUGAGCCUCAUGUUCCAGUGUGCUAACAAGUCUUAUUCAAAUGUUUUUGUUUUUUGUUUCCCCUCCACUUUACUGUUGAUUUUCACAAUGCUAUCAUGCAGGUUUAUUUUAAAAUAACACAAGUUUGUUUUCCUGUGAACUAGUCCAUUAUCACAUAGCAAAGUAUCUGCUGCCAAAGAUGUGGAAAUUCCGCAGACACGUUAGUUUUUGUUCCCCCUCUGAAAAGCUAGAUGUCAUGUUUUCAGUAUUUCUGCUGCCAUGUACUAUUUAUUACCUCAUCAGUCUUUUCACUUCCUUGAUAUUUUUCUGUCAAAACCCUGCCCCUCCCAUCUCUUCUCCCCACUUUUAUCUCUUUCCUCCCCAUGCAUGCUGUCCUCCCCUGGUCCUGCUCGCUCCUAGAUGUUUGUUCAUUUUUUUUAUAUGUUGAGUAUGUUGCGCUUGCACAUAGUCAUCAUUUUUAGACAAUGCAACUCACUAACAUUUGUAGCUGAAGUUGAUUUGCAUUUUCUCCCUCCCUCCCCUCCCAAGUUCUACAGAUUUAUCACCAGCAUUUGUGUAAAUAUUGUGUACAAUACUGUCCUUUUGAAGCAUUAAUAAAAACACGUAUAAAGAGCA